CAAAUCAUUCAGACGACCAGGCCGCGCGGAAUUCCUCUUUUAAAUCAACAGUGUUUUAUUUGGUCAACCGGCGUGUGUUUGUUCGCCCAGCUGCGCACUGCAGUAACGUUCGUUCAUCGGCAUCGCGGACAGAACACCCAGCGAUAUACGGCAGUCGAGACAGCGACAAGAGGUAAAAUACGUUCGCUGAGGCAGAACUGUCGCUUCGCGAAGCGACCGUGGCAAUCGAACACUGCGAUUGAUUGUGAGCUGGUGAAUUAAGCCCCUGGAACGAUCGACAGCGCGCUACGUCAGUAUUAGUUGAACGUUUCCUGUAUGUUGAUACCGCUCAAACGACCACGGCACGGAAUCAAAAGGGGGCAGUUGUACACCAGGGAAUAACGCGGACCAUCCACGUGGCCUUGCCUACACUCGAGAGAUAGUCCUUAUCUCUAGACUGCUCCUGUCACUUUUGUUCGGAAGGUGUUUCAACGCGUUUAAACAGAUUUUCAUUGUUUGAGGGAGAAAAAUUGCGCUUCACAAUGUCAGGGAUCGCAUCCCCUGAUGCAUUUAAUUCCCCAAUCCUACCGACUCCAAAAGCAAUAUCCGCGACACAAGAUCACUCCGCUGUUGAUGCUGUUUCAACGUUUGUAGGCUUUAGCGGCGGAUUCAUUGUCGUUGUAUUCGUGGUAGCUGUUCUGUGCAAGAUCUAUGCCAAUGUCACCGAAGGACGAUACGUUUGUCAAAAAGAUCUCACGGGCACGGUUGCCAUAGUAACCGGCUCGAACACAGGAUUGGGGAAGACAACUGCACACGCUCUAGCGGCCUGUGGAGGAAAGGUGAUCUUAGCCUGCCGAAACCUAAAAAAGGCCGAGGCAGCACGGAAGGACAUUAUGGCAGCGACAGGUAACCAAAAAGUGGUUUGCAAGCCACUUGACCUAGCCUCAUUUCGAAGCGUCCGAGAGUUUGCCAAGGAUAUCACUUCUACAGAACAACGUCUUGAUAUUCUCAUCAAUAACGCUGGACUACUUACCCCGUCGCGACACGAGACGACGGAAGACGGCUACGAAGUAUCAAUUCAGUCCAAUCAUUUGGGUCACUUUCUUCUUACGAACUUAUUGCUCGACCUGCUAAAGAAAAGCGCACCCAGUCGCGUUGUCGUUGUUGGUUCUUGUGGUCACUGGUUUGGCAACAUGAACCCCGAUCGACCGCUUGACUUCAAGCGUUACCAUUUCCCAAUAUUCAAUUACUGCUCUACGAAAGUUCUCAACAUGCUCUUUACAGUUGAGCUCGCUAGGCGACUUGAGGGGUCGGGCGUAAUUGUUAACUGCGGUCAUCCCGGCUUUGUCAGCUCCAAUUUCGGACUUAACAACGCCAGCAUUCAAGCCUGGUUUUUCACCAAAAUGCUGAAAAUAUACGGGAAGUCACCAGAAGCCGGUGCCAUGACGAGCGUCUAUUUGGCUACAUCGGAAGACAUCAAAGUGAGCGGACGCUAUUUUUCCGAUUGUAAACUGGCGAUGGCGCCUUUUUGGGCUACACGGAUGACAAAAGCUGCCAAACUCUGGAAAGUCUCGGAGAAAAUGACCGGGCUCAAUCAGGCCGCACCCUCUGGAGUGCUUAGCUAUUAAUUAAUUCACAGGUGACGGUUUCACAUGCAUAAAAGCAAUUUUUGAAAGAUUAAAACAAUGCAGACAGCUACCUUAUUCUUUUGUGAGGGCAAGUAGAACAUAGAGUGCUCCUGAAUGGCGAAACUUGCUUGAAAUUACUAGUAACGAUGGUUGAAUCUGUGUAUAAUAGACUUAAGUAGCCUUUUAAUGUUACGGUCACGUAGAUCUUGGGGUGGCUAUAGGGCAUACAAUAAGAGUCCAAAAUGUUUAGUAUAAAAGAAACUCUUCGGCAUUUCUUAAUAGGCAAUUUGCUAGCUUUGAGCUCAGCGAAGAGAAUAAUUAUGUAAGGUUCUAACUUAAUAGUUCAACCUUAGGCACCGUAUCUACUUAAUAUCUAUAGAUGAUGAGCCCAUAUGUAUACUAAUUUAUAUGCCCGUAUACAUUCAUCAUACCGGAACGAUGAUCAUGACAGUUGCAACUGGUUGGUCGCCGCUUUCGAGCAAAACAAUCCGUUCAAAAUACAUUCAGAACUUAUUUUUUGCCGACUAAUAAUGGUAAUCUAGGUGCUAUUAGCGUAGGCACAGCAUAAGGGGACGCGCGCAUCCUAAACAUCAGGCACAUUCACCAACUGUGUGUCCUCGUAAUCGUCGACGAAAGUGUCCUUGCACUAUUUAUUUUGAGUGCGAUUUUGUAGUAGCGAAAGGAUCGAUGCAUCGGAUUGAUAUUAAGGUAUAUGAGCGUGUAUGUCUGUCAAAAGUGAAACGCAGUAAAUAAAUAAUUAUAUUAAAAGAAAAGAAAACUUAUGUG